AUGUUCCCAUUUGCUACCACUAUCCCAGUUUUCCCACAAAGAAGCAUAAAUACCUACUGUGAUCCAUUCUCACCACAGCUUUCCUGUCCUCCCAUUUCUAAAAACUAUUACAGGAAAAGACAAGAACAAGAGAAAGUGACGGCACCCUUCACUUAUGAAUUCAAAAAAGGUAAUUCUGAGAGUGUUUUAUCGUUGUAUAAGCAAGUGCCAUCAAGAUUAUUUUCUAAAAUAGUUGAAAAGCAUAUCUUGAGCCAUCCAAACAGAGAACAGUUUUAUGAUAGCGAUUUUUUCGGCAAUUAUUAUAUUAAUGAAGAUCGUGUUUUAGAUAUAUUAGAUAUGGACAAGGUUGGCACCGAAGUUGCCCGCAAACUAUUUGCUUCUUACCAAUUAACAUUGAACCAUGAGGGAAAUGAAUUAUUAAUAGAAAAUGCUUCUGAUGGUUCUAUUAUUAAAAUAUUUAAACUAGAUGAUUGUUACAGCGAUUUUUCUGUCAAAAGUUUGAACUUAGUUGGUCCUGAAAAAGAUAAGGCUGCUUUAAUAUUAGUUUUAUGCAAAGACAAGAAAGAAAUACUAAGCUCCCAAAAAAUUGAAAAAGAACGGAAAGAACAGAAGAAGGAUUCAAAAAAAUUAAAACAAGAACAAAAAAGAAAAAACAAAUUUUUAAAAAAGAAAACACAGCAAAGAGCCCCAAUACAAGAAAUUUCCCCAAAAAAAGGGAUGUCUGAAGGAUUAAAGGAAGAAACAGAACAAAUUAAAAAGACAUGUGAAACUAACAUGUCAAAAUCAAAAGUUAAAGAUGCUAAACAGAAAGAUGUCCAAGAAAAGUUGCAGAAAGAAAAAAAAUUGUUGAGUGAGAAAUUGAGUGAUUAUAGAAAUAAUACUAGUAUGGACAAUGGUAAAUCUUUUCAUAGAGAAAGACUUGAUGCCAGCGAAAGAAACUCUAGAAGGGUUACCAAAUCGCAAGUAGAGUCAAGAAGUAGAUCAUUAUCGCCUGUUUUAGAAGAUGUUGAAGAUGCUGAAUUGACUAGAUAUAAUAGAUCAUUGCAUGAUUCUCCAAAGGGUAAUGCUGUCUUAGAAGACGCUUGA